UAUCAAAACCUAGUACGCUGACUACCUAGACAGCAUUUGUGGAAAUCAUAUACGUGUGUAACUACCAGUUUCAAGUAGCAGUGAUAUCCACGGGCACGCGUCCGUCAUUUCAAUAAACACUGCAAGGGCAUUUGAUGCGCAAGAAUGCUACACGCGCGUAACAUACACUGACAUGUCGUCGAAGGUGACUAGAUUUGAGAGACAGCCACUGACUGAUAAAAUGGCGGAGCAAAACAUCGGUGAAUCUCAGGAUGAGAAGGAAAUCCUUAUUAAGAAGGAUGCACUGUCACAGGACAGCGGUGAGGUUGUCGAGAGAACAAAAAACAAAGAGUCUAAACUGAUUCUGUAUCACUGGACUCAGUCAUUCAGCUCCCAGAAGGUGAGACUGGCAAUAGCUGAGAAAGGUCUUCAGUGUGACGAGAAUGAUGUGAGUCUGCCUCUGAGUGAACACAAUGAGCCCUGGUUUAUGCGCCUGAACCCCACUGGAGAGGUUCCUGUGCUGGUUCACAAUGACAAUGUCAUCUGUGAUCCCACACAAAUCAUGGACUAUUUGGAGCAGAACUUCUGUGAUGAGCAUACCCCAAAGCUGAUCCCAGAAGAGGGAAGCACGUAUUAUCAUCGAGUUCAGCAUUACAGAGAACUGCUGGACUCACUGCAGAUGGAUGCAUACACUCAUGGCUGCAUCCUCCACCCAGAGAUCACCGUAGACUCCCACAUCCCAGCUUAUGCCACCACCCACAUUCGCACACAGAUUUUAAACACGGAAUCUGAGCUUAAGAAACUAGCAGCGGAGAAUCCUGAUCUUAAAGAUGCUUAUAUUGCAAAACAGAGGCGUCUAAAAAGUAAAUUGUUUGACCAUUAUAACAUGAAAUACCUGAAGAAACUCCUGGAUGAACUGGAGAAUGUUCUAGAUCAGGUUGAGACCGAGCUGCAGAGGAGGAUUGAGGAGACACCAGAAGAGGGCAGUCAGCAGGCUUGGCUCUGUGGCGACUUCUUUAGCAUUGCUGAUGUCUCUCUCGCUGUCACUCUUCACCGCCUCAAGUUCUUGGGUUUGUCCCGUCGGUACUGGGGAAAUGGGACCCGGGUCAACCUGGAGACGUAUUAUGAGCGUGUCCUGAACCGGCCGACUUUCCGCAGAGUGCUUGGACAUGUCAAUAACAUCCUAAUAUCUGCUGUGCUGCCCACCGCAUUCAGGGUGGCAAAGAAAAAGGCUCCAACCUUUGUUGGUGCCUCUUUAUUGAUUGGCUUGAUAGGGGGCGCCACUUACCUGGCUUUCAGUUAUUUUAAAAGGAGACUUCUCGUGUCUUGAGACAGCUGUUAGGACUGUCUCAACAUAAGGUAUGUUUAUUAUCACAUUUGGCUCAUAUACACUGUAACAGUUUUAUGAUUGUUGCACAAGAAGCACUUUUUUUUCAUAAUAAGAAGCAAAGCAGUUUGAGAAACCGACAGUGCAUCUUUUCAUUGAUAAGGUCAUUAAACCAACUUAAAUGUCUUCAGUUCAUGCUCUAGGUCCUUUAUGGCCAGUCUGUCUUGUGCUAAAAUGUCUGUGUUAAUGGCUGAUCACAAUUGCAGUAAAAUCAAUUACAGAAACAAAACUCUAUGAUUUCAUUACAUCAAUUUUGUAUAAUCCAACGUAAGUUCAUAAACACAAGUGUUUAUGUAGGAUGAGAAUUUGUCUGUUCUGCAUCAUUCUGCAUAAGUCAAAGGAUGUAAAAUACUACUGUAUAAUCAUCAGUAAUAAAUACUGUAUAAAUGCAAGUAAUAA